AUGGACCAUGCCUCCAACGCGUCCGUGUCGAGCUCAGAGCCUUCUGGCAGCGUGGCAUCCCCGCACAAUGGAGUUUCUGUGCAGGCAAAAGACUCGGAAACAGAAGAGAUCGAACGGGCCUGCGAUACACGAGGCGCGAUGAACAAAGACUUGCCCGAAACCACAAACCCGAUCAAUUUAUCCGGUGCCCUUGAUAAACAAACAUUACACGGUGACGAGAACGACUCAACGCAGCGCAAAGCGACCAUUGGAGACGACCACAGCAGCAGCGCAUCGACGAGCCGAGGCGCAAAGGCUACCCCGAGCCUUUUCAACAAUCCACCGAACCUAGCGCGCAUACGCAAGGUCCUAUUCGAGUGCAAGGACCCGAUAGAAAUCAGUCUCGAAGAGUUUGAAACAUACUGGCCUUUUAUUGACAAUGUAUGGGUCAAACAAAGAUCAAACGCGAGCAAAGAGGGUCAUUGCACCACCGACUAUUACAUGUGCCGUUUGCGGCGUCCAACACACCGCACAUCUGAAACUCGCCCCUUACCAGAGGGCAAACGCCCUCGUAAAAAAAGAGUCCGAGAAGGAGGCAUCUGUAAUUUUCAAAUCAAGGUUGUUCGGUUCGAAGGCGCAUACUCGACCGUCACUAUCGCGAGAACGCCGGGAAGUUGCAGCAUCCACUCACAUGACCUCGACUACAUCGACCGAGUGAAGCGGAAUUCCGGAUUAAUGGAGUAUGCGCGCAAAGAAUCUGUGAAGGGAUAUCUCCCUUCUUCCAUCUAUACCAAAUUCCAAGAAGAACCAGAUAAGCUUGGGGAGGCUGGAGGACGGUUCUUCACUGUGACGGAUGUCCGCAACAUCUCCGCCAAGUGGCGUAUACAAAACCCAGAGGUGGAUCUAGUUGCACAUGAGGGCUACGAAUACCAAAAGGGCCAUGGUAUUGUUAAAACUCAAAGCACCGAUGGUGUCAACGAGGUGUCCUCUCAAACAAAACCAACCUCGAUGUCGUCAGCUUUGCCCCCGGACACACUAUCAUUCCCUCAAUUUUCCCUAGACUUCUUACAUCCUUAUCUUCCAAAUCAGUCGGAGCGCCGGGAAUUUCCCCAUGUCACAUUGUCAUACGCAUCGUCAAUGGACUCCAAGAUCUCUCUUCAACCGGGAAUGCAGACUGUAUUGUCUGGACCAGAGGCCAAAUUGAUGACACAUUAUCUUCGCUCCCGGCACGAUGCCAUUCUUGUUGGAGUAGGCACUGUUCUUGCAGAUAAUCCAGGCCUGAACUGCCGCCUGGAAGGGGCCGGUGGGUUUGGAGGCCUGGGAAGAAUGUGGCAACCACGGCCAGUGAUCAUUGAUCCUAUGGGCCGGUGGCCUGUUAAUCCUGAAUGCCGGAUGUUGCGUACUGCCGUUGAAGGCAAAGGCAAAGCUCCAUGGGUUGUGUUAUCCCCGGGAGCUCAAAUCAACCCCCAGACACUAGUGAUGCUCAAAGGCUACGGUGGAGAUUUUCUCCGCAUUGUAGAAUACAAUCAACACUGGCGAUUACGAUGGGAAGCCGUCUUUCGUGCCUUGGCAUCGGAGGGCAUUAAAAGUGUCAUGAUUGAGGGCGGUGGUACUGUCCUAAGUGAAUUGUUGAAUCCAGAGUAUACAAGCUUCAUUGACUCGAUUAUUGUGACGGUUGCUCCCACCUACCUUGGCCGUGGUGGAGUGAAUGUCAGCCCUGACUCGAAACAAGAUCAGGAGGGUACACCCAAUGCUGCAUUGAAUCCUCGAGAUGUUAAAUGGAUGCCAUUGGGACAAAAUGUGAUUAUAAUGCCUCCUAAGAAGAACACGUCUAAGUCCGUCGAGGCCUCGACGGAGACGGUAAAGAGAAGUACUCGAGUACGCACCAGCGCCAGACAAGCUACCGUGACGAAGACCGAAAAACCUGUGAAAGAAUCUACGAAGCCAACUGCAAAGUCCAUUGGAAAGUCAACUGCGAAGUCCGCUACAAAGUCCACCGCGAAACCGACUGCAACAUCUACCAAGUCAACUGCGAAGCCAAGCAAAAUGCCAACGUCUACAAAGUCCACUACUACGAAGAAGCGCAAAGCUGAUGAGGAUGGGGAGAAACCUCGCGAAAUCAAAAGAUCUCGUGUCGCGCAACCCCGUCAGCCAAAGCCGAAAGCCAAAAUUGUGAUCAACGAAGCCCCGAAAGCUAAGCUGAACGUGUUUGUCUGUGGUGAGGGUAGCUCUGGUGAGCUGGGCUUGGGCACAGCCAAGAACGUUAUCGAUGUGAAGCGCCCACGUUUAAACAAGCUUCUGUCUGCCGAAGAGGUCGGAGUCGUACAGGUUGCUGUCGGCGGCAUGCACUGUCUAGCUCUAACCCAUGACAACAAGAUAUUUUCCUGGGGUGUGAACGACCAGGGCGCGCUCGGAAGAGAAACUGAAUGGGAGGGUGGAUACAAGGACAUUGAAAACGACAGCGAUUCCGACUCAGACGAUGAAGACAGCGGAUUGAACCCUCGGGAGUCUAUUCCUACUGCCAUUCCUGCCACCGCAUUCCCCGAAGGCACUGUCUUCGUUGAAGUGGCCGCUGCCGAUAGCGCAAGCUUUGUCCUGACCGAUGAUGGUCUGGUCUAUGGCUGGGGCACCUUCCGAAGCAACGACGGAAUCCUCGGAUUCGACGCGUCUUCUCACGUUCAACGGACGCCAACUUUGAUCCCAUCUUUGAAGAAGAUCACACACCUGACUUGCGGAGCCAAUCACGUUCUCGCCCUGAACGACCAAGGUCGCGUCUACUCGUGGGGCUCAGGACAACAAAACCAGCUCGGUCGCAGGAUCGUGGAGCGCAACAGAUUGAAUGGUCUUCAGCCUCGGGAGUUCGGUCUCCCCAAGAACAUUGCCCACAUCGGGAGUGGUUCGUACCACUCGUUUGCUGUUCACACCACUGGCAAUGUCUAUGCCUGGGGAUUGAAUAGCUUCGGUGCAACGGCCCUCCGCGAAGGCGCCGGCGACGACGAAGCAGCUAUCGUGCAUCCCACCCUUGUCGAAUCACUUUCUAACAGAAAUAUCUCCCAAAUCUGCGGCGGCGCUCAUCACUCGGUUGCCAUUGCUGGCGAUGGUGAAUGCUUGGUUUGGGGCCGUCUCGACGGUUUCCAAAGCGGCCUGAAGAUCGAUACACUUUCCGAUGACGCCGUUAUCAAGGAUGAGCGCGAUCGACCCCGUAUCCUAAUCUCCCCUACCCCCGUUCCUGCCAUCAAGGCCAAGGUUGUGGCGGCUGCCUCGGAUCAUUCCCUCGCCAUUGAUGCCGAUGGCCGUGCAUGGUCAUGGGGCUUUUCCGCUACGUACCAAACUGGACAAGGUACACAGGAUGACAUCGAGGUGGCUACCGUUAUUGACAAUACUGCUACUCGUGGAAAGAAAUUGAACUGGGCGGGUGCUGGUGGUCAGUUCUCUGUGUUCACAGAGCCUGCCAGCAUGUAA